UAUGGAUGUAACGCACUGAAACUCUGACGAUUACAAUGGAUAAGAUGUGGAUGUUUUAUUCUUCAGUCAUACUAUUGUCUGUCAUACAGACACAACAUGUUUUGGCCACAGGAUGUAAUAUUUUGUCAGUGACUUCUCCGUCAGCAUCAACACUGAAUGUGGUAUGGAGCACCUACACAGGAGCCUCAGUUUAUUUACUGGACUUGAGAGUUGUGAACUCCACCAGUAUCGCCCCGGUGGUGGUGACACAGUCUGCACCCAGCACACAGAGGCUGAUUCAGGGGUUAAGACCCGGACAUGUCUAUGAAGUCACACUAAAGGUCUUUGUGUUUUACACUAUCAUGUGCCGUGAUGUUGAAAUAACCAUGACAGUGCCGGCCACAUCUCAGAUCACCUAUUCAAAAGCUAUUUCCAGUACAUCUAUAAAGUUUGAGUGGUCAAAUGUGAUAGGGGCGGACAACUACAACUUGUUUGUGGAGAAGUUGUUUAGUUUUCCCGCACAAACAUACAACCAGACGUUCACGACCCUGAGUGGACAAGUGGACGGCCUAAAUCCCUCUACUACGUACAACUGUUAUAUUUACUCAUCAAACAGUGCUGGAAGAGGUGCCAAAAGUACUACAAGGACAAUCACAACGCUGGUGCAGCCACCAACUGGUGUGACUCUUGUAUCAACGGGAAGGAGCACAGCCCGAGUGACGUGGAACACUGUAAGUAAAGUCCUGCUUUAUCAAGUGACCGUGAGCGACAACGACAAUCCCAGCAACGCCCCGGUCAUCAGAAACACUUCAAGCACAACCAUGGACAUCAGUAACCUGGAGCCCUGCUCCACCUACACAGUGGGAGUAUCAUCAGUCAAUGGCUUCUUAGUUCCUGGGGAGGCCUCUAAUGUUACACACACCACCUCCACCAUUAACCCAGUGACGACCAUCUCUGUGGACUACAGCUGCACCAGCGGCAUGGUGACAGUGACUUGGGAUUUGGUAUUCGGGGCCAAUUUGUACAGGGCCACAGCUAUCGAUGGCACCGGCGCGUCCCUUAACUGCACAUCUGCCUUCACCAGCUGUCAGAUCACCAUGCUCAAAUGUGGUGAGAAGUACCAGGUCCACGUGACGGCCAUCUCUGACGACUGUGAGAGCACCUCCAACGCCACCUCCCUGUUCGAGACAGUCCCCUGUGCUCCAGCUAAUCCUCACACACUUCACGACUGCUCCAGCAAUGUGAUUGUCUUUAGCUGGCAGCCCACCAACAACACCGCCUACUAUGUGGCAACAGCUGUGGACAACACUGGAAGAGUGACCGAGUGCAGGACGCCAGACAACACGUGUUACUUCACUAAUACUGGCUGCGGUCAGUACUACACGUACACCGUGUACGCCGUCAGCUUUGAAUGUAACAGCGAAGUCAGUCAACCUGAGUUUGUCCGAACCUCUCCUUGUCUACCGACAAACAUAAGGACAGGGGCUGGGUGUCACUCUGAAAUGCUGAUCACAACUUGGGACUCUGCUGCUGGAGCUCUUUCCUACACUGUAGAAGCACAGGGCAACACUGGAGAAACCUACAACUGCACCUCCUCCUCCAACAGCUGUGCAGUGACCGGGGUGCCGUGUGGUGAACACCUUAGCGUGUGGAUCGUCGCCUCCAAUGACAACUGCUCCACUAGCAGGGUGUUGGGAGAAGUUGCUCAGACUGUUCCCUGUGCCCCAAUCAACGUCUCGGCAACAGUCGACUGCAGCCAGGACUCUGCUAGAGUCAACUGGACGACAAACAUCGGUGCUAUAUUCUAUAUUGCCGUUGCUGAAGAUGCAAACGGGAAUAUGCAUAGCUGCAAUUCAAUGGGCACCACCUGCCUAAUUGAGGACCUGAGAUGUGGACAGAAUUAUACUGCCAGUGUUGUUGGCACCAAUCUGAAGUGCAACAGCAGCGCCAGCCAGGAGGUCACCUUUAUGACAGCUCCUUGUUCUCCAACCAACGUUGAGGCAUUCAGAGACUGUGACGCCAACCAUGCUCUGAUAGUGUGGCAGAACCAUCAGCCCACAGGCCUCUACACAGCAACCAUAGAGGAUCAGAGCGGUGCUCAGCUCAACUGCACCAGCAACACUGUCAACAACUGUAAAAUCACCUCUCUGCCCUGUGGAAAGAGAUACAGUGUCAUUGUCACCUACAAUGAUGGAAACUGUCCGUCCACCUCGACACCCAUCAGCAUGGACUCAGUGCCAUGCGGUCCUGAGAAUGUGAGCGCCAGUGUGACCUGUGUAACCGGUGAGCUGAUGGUCACGUGGAAUAUCUCAGUUCCUGCAGAGAAUUACACCACUGUCAUCACCAGAGGAAUGGGUCAGCCUCUUCACUGUAACUCUUCAGACACACAGUGCACCACUGGAGGGUUGUUGUGUGGAAGCUCCUACAUGGUGACCGUCUUCUCCGUCACUGGGAUGUGUUUCAGUCUGCCGAGUACAGAGGUCACGGUGCAAUCAUUGCCGUGUCCUCCCACAAACAUCACAGCCGUGCACAUGUGUGCUCCUGAACCUGUUCCUGUGUCGUGGAUGGCUAGUGACAGUGCCAAAUACUACACUGCUGUCGCUGUGAGCAGCAGAGGUCACAGAUCAGAGUGCACGACCAAUGAAACAUCCUGCAGCCUCCCUGAACUUCACUGUGGGGAGGUUUACACCGUUGGUGUUUCAGGAGCUGAUGACAACUGUACAGGUCAACUGAGUGACACUGUUCCUUUGAACACAGAGCCAUGUUCUCCCUCUAAUGUAUCCAGCCACCUGAUGUGUAGUGCUGCCACUGCUCAUGUGUUCUGGCCCCCCAGUGCGAAUGCAGUGAGCUAUGUCAUGGAAGCAACCAGCAACGGACAGACCCUCACCUGCAGCAGCCACAGCCCCAACUGCACGCUGAGUAACCUGAUCUGUGGCCAGGCAUAUGACAUCACUGUCACUGCGUCUGAUGGCAUCUGUGUCAGCAACUCCAGUGCCCCCUUCAGGCAAGAUCAAGUACCAUGCCCUCCAGAGAACAUCACAACAAAUCUGAUAUGUGGCACCAAUGACGCAACGGUCAGCUGGGUCACUUCUGCUGUGUCCCUCAACUACAGUGUCACUGCUGUGCCGCUGGCUGGAAAUAUCCGUUCAGUCAUGUGCCACACUGACAGCAGCAGCUGUAGGCUGAGUGGUCUCCAGUGUGGACACGUUUAUAAUGUCUCCAUCGGAGCAUCUUCUGGCAGCUGCAGUGGACCAAUCAGCCUCCCGCAGAUGGUUGAGACAGCACCCUGCCCUCCUCAGGGCUUAAAAGCAGUAACAGAGUGCGGCACAAAUUCUCUUCUGGCCUCCUGGAACGCCUCUCUUGGUGCCACCUCCUACAUAGCGACAGUGACGGGCCCCAACGGCUUCUCCGAAACCUGCUCCUCAUCAAACCUCACAUGUUCUGUCUCCGGCCUGCAGUGCGCCAGUCAGUACAACAUCACAGUGAGAUCCGAGGGCAACUGCACCAGCUCUCCGAGUCAAACUGCUUUGACGACAGGACCAUGUGACCCUGUCAAUGUGACAAGCAUCCUCCACUGUGGUUCAGACACGGCCACGGUGUCCUGGGAAGCUGCUGCUGGGGCCGUGGCCUACACUGUACUCGCUCAAGAGCAUAGCUCUCAGCAUUAUACUUCCUGUAGGAGCAGUACAACUUCCUGUCAGCUGAACCAGCUGCAGUGUGGAAGAGUUUAUAACCUGACUGUGAUAGCUGAGGAUGCCACCUGUAACAGCACUGGAAGCAUCAGUACGGUCCUGAUGACAGCUCCUUGCUCUCCCUCUAUCCAGAACAGCACCCUGAUCUGUGGCACCAGUUAUUCCUCUCUGUCAUGGAUGCCGAUGGCCGAUGCCACAGGUUAUGUAGUUAAUGCCACGGCUACAAACGGGCAAACAGUUUCGUGCAGCUCAGCUUCUGCUAUGUGCACCCUGACAGAUCUCCUGUGCAGUGAAACCUACACAACCACAAUCAUUGCACGAGGACACCAGUGUGACAGUGCACCUGGCCCCAGCAUCAACAUUACCACAGCCCCCUGUUCUCCAGCUAUCAUGUCAAAGCAAUAUACAUGUGGCGCUAACACAGCAGUGUUCAAUUGGACUGACCCUGAGGGAAGCCUCAGCUUCCUAGCUCAGGUAGCAGGAGAAGGGUAUCAGGAUAGCUGCCAGACUACAAAUACCAGCUGUACGUUCCAAAAUCUUCCUUGUGGCUUGGAUUUGAAUUUAACGGUCCAGGCUCAGGGGGCGCAGUGCAGCAGCUUCCCAAGUGUCAGUGAAUCUCUUGAAACAGUCCCGUGUGCCCCGCAGAACGUUAGCGCCACACUGGUCUGUUAUAAUCACUCAGCCCUGGUCUCGUGGGUAGGAAGCCCCAGUGCUGUAGGAUACAAUAUGACAGCGACAGGCCAGGAUGGACACACACACCACUGCUGCACCAACACUACCAGCUGUCAGCUACCCGACAUUCACUGCGGUGAAACCUACGACAUCAUAGUCACACCGUACUCUCAGACAUGCACAGGACUCCCAAGUGCAGUUUAUCGCUUUAAAGCAGGUCUUUGUGCUCCCAGUAACGUCACUGUGUCUCCAGCAUGCGAGGACAGCAUUGUCUCUUGGUCCCAUGUAACAGAGGCAGACAUGUACAUAGCAAUAGCAACUGCAGAUGAUGGACACAAUCACACUUGCAGCUCAAACAAUUCCAACUCAUGUAAUUUCACUCACCUCCACUGUGGGGAAACCUAUGCUGUUACUGUUGUGACUGUGGACAGGGGCUGCUGGAGUGAGCCCAGCUCAGCCGUGCAGCUGAGAACAGCUCUGUGUCCACCUACAAACUUGACGGGCCAAGUCAGUUGUAAUACCAACACAAUUACACUCACAUGGGACCAGAGUCCAGUUCCUGGGGCCACCUACGCUUUACAAGUCGAGAGAAUAGGCAGUACACUCCCUGCAUCGGUGCACACUACCUCUAAUACCUCAGACACACUGACCAACCUAAUGUGUGGACAGAGAUAUGCUUUCCGCAUCACAGCCCAGGAUGGAAACUGCCGCAGCAGCUACAGUCCACCCAUAGAAAUCAGCACAGCCCCUUGUCAGCCCACCAACUUCACUGCUCGUGUGGACUGUGGCACAAACAAAGGGAAUUUCUCCUGGUCUGAGAGCAGUGGAGCAGGUUUCUACACUGUUCAGGUGACAGGAGAGCACGGCCACAUAGCAUCCUGCUCCUCCAAUGACACCUCCUGCUCUGUGAAACUCCACUGUGGCCGGUCAUACUCGGCUACACUGGUGGCUUCCACAGAAAGCUGCAACAGCAGCCAACAUGCUGACAUUAACUUUGACUCCGCUCCCUGUCUACCAGAAGACGUCCUAGCCGACUUACAGUGCGACACCAACGUUAUGAAUGUGAGCUGGACACAGACCCCAGGCUCAGACAAUUACACUGCCUGGGCCAUCAGCACCGAUGGACACAGAGCCUCCUGCAACUCGACGUCCAACUCCUGCUCAAUUCAUGAUCUGCUGUGUGGCAAUGUCUACGAGGUGGUCGUCACCUCCUCCUCUGUUCACUGCAAAACCAUCGCUGGCUCUGACUACAAAGUUCAGUCUGCUCCUUGUAAACCUGAGAACACAACUGUCGACCAGAACUGCAGCAGCAAUGUUAUGACAGUAAAAUGGAAGCAGGGCGCCACAACACAGAACUACACUGUUAAAGCCACGUCUGCUACAGGUGUUAACUCCACCUGUGACUCCACUGAGAACAGAUGCUCCUUCCUGGACCUGAGCUGUGGUCAGCUCUACACGUUCACUGUGAUGGGACACACUAAUGUGUGCAUGAGCGAGAUGAGCACUCCUAUAGAGAAGCUCACAGCCCCAUGUCCUCCCACGAAUGUGUCUGCUAAAAUUAACUGCACUACACGUAACGCUCUGGUCAGCUGGAGUAGUGCAGCUGCAGCCACAGCCUACAGCGUCCAGGCAAUCUCCACAAGUGGACAUAACUCCUCCUGCAGUGAGAUGGGCACGUCCUGUACCCUCAAUGACCUGAUCUGUGGAGGGGAAUACUCUGUUGUUGUGGAGGCAAUGCACACUGGCUGUCCUGGCCCUGCCAGCGCCCCUGCCAGGCUCGCUACAGAGCCCUGUACCCCCAUGAAUCUCUCUGUCCACUACAACGUGAGCACUGCCCAGGUGAUGUGGGGGGCAGCAAGAGGUGCCAGCUCAUACUCUGUCCAGGCUGUGGCUGACCAGGGCUCAAUGGUCACUUGUAACACCACCAACACCAGCUGCUCCCUGAGUGGCCUGCAGUGCAGUCAGAUCUACAACGUGACUGUGAUGGCACGAAACCUGGCCUGUGACAGUAUGAUCUCUGAAACCCAACACCUCAUGACAGAGCCCUGCCCACCCACUAACGUUCAAGCCAGUACGGCGUGUGAACAACUUACUGCGACUGUUUCCUGGCAGCAGAGCGACCUCUCUGUGGGUUAUGUUGCCUAUUUUGACAACCAGAAUGGCCACCAGGCUUCUUGUGUUGGAACAGACACAGAAACACAGUGUGCUGUCUCGGGGCUCGUGUGUGGCACAGUGUACAAUGUCUGGGUCAAAGCCUUAGGACGGCAGUACAACAGCUCUGACAGCACAGUGACCACUUUUACAUCAGCACCUUGCCAGACGAGCAGCAUCGAAGCCAUGAUGGACUGCGAGUCCCAGUCUGCAAUCAUAUCCUGGCAGCCAAGCGUCGGGGCCGCAUCCUAUGUUGCUGAGCUUACAGCUUCAUCAGGCCACACCACCAGCUGCACCACCAACCACACCAACUGUGAGCUGAGCUCCCUGCAAUGUGGAGAAGAAUACAAUGUCACUGUGAAGUCUCUGGGAGAUACUUGCAACAACACUGCUCAAAUGGCAGAACGCCUCACCACAGAGCCCUGUACCCCUAUGAGUCUCUCUGUCCACUACAAUGUGAGCACUGCCCAGGUGAUGUGGGGGGCAGCAAGAGGUGCCAGCUCAUACUCUGUCCAGGCUGUGACUGACCAGGGCUCCAUGGUCACCUGUAACACCACCAACACCAUGUGCUCCUUGAAUGGCCUGCAGUGCAGUCAGAUCUACAACGUGACUGUGAUGGCACAAAACCUGGCCUGCAACAGCACUGUGACCUCUGAACCCUACCGCCUCAUGACAGAGCCCUGCCCACCCACCAACGUUGGAGCCAGUAUGAUGUGUGAACAACUCACAGCGACAGUCUCCUGGGAGCAAAGUGACUUCGCUGUGGGUUAUGUUGCCUAUUUCGACAACCAAAAUGGCCAUGCAACUUCCUGUGUCGGCGCAGACACAGACACCUUCUGUGCUGUCUCAGGACUGAUGUGUGGCACAGUGUACAAUGUCUGGGUCAAGGCACUGGGUCAGCAGUACAACAGCUCUGACAGCACAGUGACCACCCUUACAUCAGCUCCCUGUCUGCCCAGAGAAAUAGACGUAGAGGUUGACUGUAACUCUGAAGGUGCUGCCAUUGUCUACUGGAAUGCUACUUAUGGCGCAGCAAACUUUUCCCUGACAGCCAUUGUCAGUGGAAGUCUUCAGACUCUGUGUGAAACUCAGCAGAACCGCUGUAACGUGACAGGUUUAAGUUGCGGUGAAACCUACAACAUCAGCUUGACCGCCAGCAACACACAGUGCAGCCUAACAGCGCCGAUGCACGCCAACCUCACCACACGUCCUUGUCCUCCUCAGCGCGUAGCUGUCGACCUGCAGUGUGGCUCCCGCACCGCCAUCCUGUCCUGGGAGGAGAGGUCUGAUGUUGAACUGUAUGUAGCAAGUGCCACCAAGACAUCAGGAGGGCAGGUGCAGACGUGUAACUCCACAGGCUCUACCUGUCAGUUUGCCAGUCUGGACUGUGGAGAGACGUACAACUUCACUGUGAAAGCACACAGUCAAGGCUGCUGUAGCCAGGCUAGCAGCUCUGUAUCUAUCCAAACAGAGCCUUGCCAGCCUGUGAUUGUAUCUGCUCAGGCGCUCUGUCAGAGUGAGCAGGUCCAGAUCUCCUGGCACCAAGCAAAUGGUGUUGUGAAUUACUUAGUAACGGCCACCGGGAGCCUUGGAUAUGUGGAGACCCACAACACAACCCAGACCCUUCUGACAGCUGCUUUACCAUGCGGACAGGACUACAAUGUCACUGUACAAGGAGAAGGCGACGAGUGUAACAGCGUCCCCAGCAGCCCUGCCUUCUUCAAAACUACUCCAUGUAUCCCCCACCAUGUGACGACCUAUGUACAGUGUGAGUUUAACAUGGGCUCUGUCAGCUGGGGGCCCAGUGAUGGUGCUGAAACAUAUGUUGCCGUAGCAACUGGGCUCGACGGCCACCCCCACCAGUGUCGCACCAACACCACCUCCUGCACGUGGAACAGUCUGCACUGUGGAGAGGAGUACACUGUUGUCGUGAGAGCAAAGGAUGGAAACUGCACCAGCCUGCCCAGCAACAGCUCUGUCAUCCAUAUGGAUCCCUGUGCACCCCAGAACUUGGCUGCCACUGUGAACUGUGAUAUGAAGGUUGUUUCACUGAGCUGGGAUGCCAGUAAUGGGACAAACUUGUACAUGGUAUCAGCGGAGUCAGGAAACAAAACAAAUGGGCUCACCACUAACGCCACAACAGCCCACUUCUCUGACUUAACCUGCGGACACAACUACAGCCUCACAGUCACACCUUACAACCAGCACUGUCCUGGAAACUCCAGUGCAGCAGCUUCAAUACAGACAUGGCCGUGCCAACCUUCAGGAGUCUCCACCAUGCAGGACUGUCUCUCUGGCAUCGUCAUGGUAACCUGGCAGGCCAGCAAUGGGUCAGACUACUACACAGCCACCAUGCAGACAGACAUUGGCAUCUCAGAAAUGUGCAUGUCUGACUCUAAUGAAUGCAGCGUCCCUGGUCUGACCUGUGGGCACAACUUCUCAGUGUCAGUCACAGCCUCCAACCAGCAGUGUAACAUCACCUCCAGUCACACCACAAGUCUGCAGUCAGUGCCAUGUGCUCCUACUAAUGUCUCAGCGGUGAUGGACUGUGCCAACAACACUGCUGUGGUGUCCUGGUCUGCCAGUCGGGGCGCCAUGCAGUACUCAGUGACAGCCCACAGUAGUCAUAGCAACAUCAGCUGCCAGACCUCUAACCUCAGCUGUAGCCUGGACAACCUCAUGUGUGGCAACCGCUACAGUGUUCAGGUGGUGGCUAUGGAUGACAACUGCUCUAGUAUCCCCAGUCAGGCUCUGAUAUUAAACUCAGCUCCCUGCCCACCUCAGAAUGUGAGCGCUGAGGUCAGCUGUUCAUCAAACGACAUGAUGAUUUCUUGGGAUGCCAUCAGAGAAGCAGACCACUUUUUGGUGUCAGUAACUGCAGACAAUGGUGGAGCCAGAGAGUCCUGUAACACCACCAACACUGCAUGUUCCAUCAACAAUGUAACCUGUGGACAUACAUACAGGGUUCAGGUCAUCUCUGUCAGAGGCGACUGCCACAGCCAGCACAGUCAGACCCACAGCAUCAUGUCAGCUCCCUGCCAGCCUCAGGGUAUCAGAGGCAGACUCGACUGUGUGACCAAUUCUGCCUGGAUAUCAUGGGAUGCUGCUCCGGGGGCGGACAGUUACACUGUGUCAGCUGUAGGUGACGGGGACUACUCAGCCAACUGCACCACUUCCUCCAACACUACCUGUGAGGUGGAGGACCUGGCAUGUGGCGUGCUUUAUAACUUCAGUGUUAUUGCUAAAAACAGCAAAUGUGAGAGUCAGCUAAGUGCCACCAUCGACUUGCAAACAGCCCCUUGCUCCCUCUCCGGCAUCACUGCAUACCCUCAGUGCCACAAUUCCUCCAUCCUCGUCCAGUGGGAUCUGAUGGAGGGCGGCGAUGGAAGCACUGUGUAUAUUGCCACAGCAGAAGCCAGUGACCAUACCUACCUAUCCUGCAACAACACUGGCACAAGCUGCCACCUCCACGGAGCACAAUGUGACCUCCAUUACACCAUCAUCGUUUCUGCUUCAUCAGACCAGUGCAGCAGUCUGAGAAGUCCGCCCUACAGAAUAAGCAUGGAGCCGUGUCCACCCAGGAAUGUGGCGGUUAAUAUCACCUGUGAGGACCACAGUGCACUGGUGUCCUGGAGCCCCUCUCCUGUAGCUGAAACCUACCAUGUUGUCGCAAUGAGUGCAGACGGACACAUGCACACUUGCAACACCACCUCCAGUAACUGCAGCGUGUCAGAGCUCCACUGUGACCAGCAGUAUACUGUGUUUGUGACUGCCAGCCACGAGAACUGCUCCAGCAAGGCCAGCCAGAAUGCUACAGUCAACACAAGUCCCUGUCAGCCCGAUGGUCUGUCAGUCACUUUCCACUGUGGCAAUCAGUCUGCAUUGCUGACAUGGACACCCAGAGAUAACGCUGUAGACUACUAUGGCAGUGCCCAGGCUGGAAACGGAGACAUGCUUUACUGUCACAGCACAGGUCCCACCUGCACCAUCCAGGGUCUUGAUUGUGGAACAAUUUACAAUUUCUCUGUCCAGGCCUCAGACGGGACAUGCAACAGCUCCUUCAGUGACCCAGUACAGAGUGGAGCAGCUCCCUGUCCUCCAGACGCUGUUGAGGUGCAGCUGUUGCCGAUGGAGAAUGAGAUCCAGGUGAUGCGCUUCAGCUGGACAGAGAUCACCUGCACGGACACGGAGUACUUGCUGACAUUAACAGGGAGUCUGCUGGGAGAUAGCCAAGCCCAGUUCGAGCUCUCGUCCUAUUGGACAAGCACGACGUACUUUGAGAUUCCUCUCCCCUGCGGCUCAUCCUACUCUGCGACAGUGGAGAGCAGGAACCCUGCCGGUACCAGUGACCCAUCAGUGCCUCUCAAUGACACAACAGCUCCCUGUCCACCAUCAGGCGUGGAGUACAGUGGUAACAGCUCCUUAGCCACAGUUUCAUGGAAUGCCUCCGUGUUUGCCACCACGUACACGGUGUACGACAACAGUGUGACGCCAAAAGAGCAGCUGUGCAGCACCGUGGGCUUGUCCUGUGCUCUGUCUAACGUCGCUUCUGGUAACUUGGUGAUCACAGCCAGCAACACAGCUGGAGAGAGUGAAGAGACAAUUGUCACGAAUGUGGUACCACAAGGUCGCAGGAGGAGAGAUCUCAGUGGACAAAUGCCAGAGGAUGGACACCUCCCAGCUCCUGUGCUGAAUGUCACCCAAGUAGAGUCAGUUAUUGUCAUUGAGUGGUCUCAAGUAGAUGAUGCCACCCAUUACAACCUGGUUAUCAGGAAUCAAGGCAGCUCCAGUGAGCAUCAGGAGAUGACAGUGUAUGGCGAGCGUGUCCUUCUCACUGACCUGAGCUUGAACUCUAACUACUGUUUCUCUGUGUCGGCUGAGAACUCUGCAACCAGCGGACCAGAGUCAGAGCCCGUGUGCGUCAAACAGGGCAGGGGCUUCCCUGGUAAAAGUACACUUCAGUAGACAAAGCUAGACAUCUGCAUACAUAUCCCAAUUAAAAUGUGAUGGUGUGACUGUCAAGGUGACAGCGUUUUUGACAUUUAAGACUAGUAGCACAUGGGAAUUAGCAUGGGUUUGUGACAUUUACCUGCCAUAAGCUGCACAAUAGUUUCAUAAGGCACGACACAAUGGAAGAUGCCCGAGCCCAAAGGAUUUCUCUACUCUAUACAUGUAAAAAGCCUUCAUUGAUCUUUUGUCUGCUGUUGGUUGAGGUUAUGUUUUGUAUCUAGGGCUUUGUUCCUCUUGCUUUUAAAUAUUUUAAUCUCUUUUGUAAAUUAUAUAUUAGUAUCUGAAAGUUAAUAUAUCAGGAAGUGUUUCACAUGUCCAGAGUAUUUACUUUUUACCAUUUCUAAAUGUGUAUUUAAUAUGGAAAUUAUUUUCAGACAUUCUAAUAAAAUCAUCAAAAAUA